UUCUGGGAGGAAGCCAGUGGCCACCCUAGUUCGGUACCGGAGAGCAGGCAGUUACACGGACACCUAGGCUGUAGUCAGCACAUAGCAGGCAGUGCGCGGGACACCUCAGGCUCACAGCAAGGACCCGGCGCGGGAAAUUGGAAACUGUAUCUCAGAGCCAGUGUGUAGAGCGGCCAGUGACACCAGCUCAGUGUUCCUCCUCCAUUGCUGCUGAGAUGAAGAGCAGAAAACGUGCCCUGCAGCAGCCAGAAGAGUGCGGGGUCUGGUUAGACGCGUCUCAGCUUAAGAAGAAAUGCCACCAGAUGGUGAUCCCCUGCACGUCUUCAAGAUUUAAUCCACUUUCAAGAAGAAAAUCUGUGGAUUCUGUGCAGGUUGACUUUACUCAGACAAAGUCGCCUCAGCUUUUCACCAAGCAGACUUCAAUGUAUUCCUUCUUCUCUGCCGCUGGCAGUAGGAACAAGCAGUCGCCCAUUACUGAUAUUAAUACAUUGAUUCAAGAAACUCCUCAGUGUGAGAAAGGAAACGCACACGAAUCUCUGAAUGUGAUGGAACAGUCACCUGUUGAAACAUCUAUGUGCUCGAAACCUGCUGAAAUCCAGGAGAGCGUCUCUUUAUGUAACCUACACAGAAAUACUAGAGAGCCAGUAAGCUCAGGACAAAAGGAAAACAAUGACCGGAGCUGGGUGCUGGAGGAACCGGGCAACCAUACUGGCAGCUUCUCCAAUGUCUCCGUAGUCAGAACUAAAGACAAGUCUCCGAACCCUACUCUGAACCACUGUUUUGCUUCAAAAUUCCAGAAUAAACUGUCUGACUCUUCAAUUGUCAAAUGUCCUCAAAAGGAUUAUCAUGAGGAAGACGGUUGUCCUCAAAGUCAGUUUGACAGUCCGCUUUUCACACAGGAUACACAAGGGAACAGAGUCAUCUGUCACCCAUCUACAAGUGAUCAACAUCUGACCACACCACUUCAGGACAAAACUAAUGUCACUUGGCACACAAAAAGUCAGAUAAAAGGAACGCUACAAACUUUGUGCGAUGAAGAUUCCCUCCACAUAAUGUUCACCCAAGAUUCUGAAGGAAACAUGGUUAUAAAACAUUAGGCAGAGCUACAUCACACAACUGAACUAUACAGGUUUCUCAAUGCACAUGUAUGAUUACUGUUCACAACCAGUCCACCCAAAAAAGGCGGACCCUCAACCUGAACACAGCAAAUCUGCUGCAUCUCAGACAUGGGCCAGUGAUCAGGAAUAAACAGCACUUGUUCCUGUAACUGCCCCAUGUAAACUUACCGCUGAUCACAAGACAAGCAAAAUGAGAUCUGAGCUAUAUUACCAACUGGAUGUCUGUCGCAAAUACACACUGGAGUUUUUAAAGAUGUAUUUUCCACCAUGUGAACAAAAUCCUUAGUCCGUUUAUGUUUACCAUUCAUGUUGAAUUCACGGCUGGCUUUGACUAAAAAAAACUGCAACAAAAAUACCACAAACGGUGGCGCUUUUCACAAAAUGCUGUGUGUGAAACCCGCUUUAAUCUUCUGAUCCCCAUUAGCUGCUAUACUGAUGGGUGUGGCUAUGCCAGUUAGCUUAGCCCAUUAAAGGGGUUUUCCAGGAUUUUCAUUUUCGUGUCUUAGCCUCAGAAAAGGCCAUCCAUAUCUGAUCAGUUAUGUGGUUUUUGGACCCCCAGAGAUCAGAUAUUGACCUACCCUGAGGAAAAACAAUCAAUAUUAAAACCUUGGAAAAAACCCUUUAGCGUGUCGCCCAUCUUGGCACAGUCAUAAGAAUUGCCAUAAACAUUUGAGAGGUGCAGAUCCCAGAAUAGGAACCUGUUAUAACGCAGUGCUUACUCUCAUGUUUUCAGAGGUCCCAUACAGGCCUGUCAGUCUGAUUCCUUCAUAAAUGGCCAAUAAUUUAGUAAUAAAUGAAAAAAAUACUGGAGUUAAAUGCUACCGUCAGGCUUUUUCUCACCAUCAUAUAAGUAAGCAGGUGAACAAACCAUAUUUAUUGGAAUACAAUUUCUGAAAUUCCUGACGUUUUCUAAAUUCCUGUAAGUAAAUAUGCAGUGCACUUUGUUUUAAGGAACUGUAAUAACACUGUUAUACAGUUAAUUUUAAGAAAUCUAGGAAUGUGUCUUCUAAAGCUAGAAAAGCUAUACAUGUAUGUCCUGAAAAUGAAGAAAAACAUGUACAAGUCUAAAUUGGCAUAAAAGAAAUGUCAGCUUUUUUUUUUUAGUGCUUGCCUUAAAGGGUUGUCUGGGAAUAAAUUACUCCGCACAGAAGCCCACAGCCUGCCUCCGCUAUGGAAAGAUUCUUACUUACCUGCUACCCGCAGGUCCAGUCCUGCAGGCUGGCUCCUGUGUGUCUAUCUUUCAGUUCGCAGCUGGUUUACAUCGUCUGUGGCCUGAUCAUCCGUUGCAGCCAGCAACUGGAUUCACCGGUGAUGUGUCCUCAUGAAACACCUCACCACAGAAGCCAGUCACUGGCUGCAGCACAAUAUUUACUGGAAAAUAAAGAUAUAGGAGCCAGUGUGCAAAACCAAAGCUGUGGGUAGGUAGUAACUAUGAAUCUUUCCAUAGCGGAGGCAGGCUACGGGUUCAUGUGAAAAGUUGCUUAUACCCAGACAACCCCUUUAGCGCUUGCUCUUCUUGUUUUGUCUAGCAGUUCUGAGAUGACUGCAGGCAUGACCAGUGCUGAUCUUCUGUCUCUGGUCUUGACUCCAUAUCACAUGCAGCACAGCUUUAGGCAUUGUAACAAAAGGCUUUGGAGCAACAUGAACAUACCUGGUAAAGAGGAGAGAACUGAUGUUCACUAGUAGAACAUCCUGCUUAUAAUUUGUUUAUAGUAUAAGGACUGGAGAGGUGAUAACUGAUUACCUAUCACCAUAUAUAGUGUAAGGACAGGAGAGAACACAGGAGAGGUGAGAACUGAUUACCUACCACCACUAGAGCACCCUGCUUAUCACUAUAUAGUGUAAGGACAGGAGAGGUGAGAGCUGAUCAUCCAUCACCACUAGAGCACCCUGCUUAUCACUGUUUAUAGUAUAAGGGACAGGAGAGGUGAGAGCUGAUCAUCCAUCACCACUAGAACACCGUGCUUAUCACUGUUUAUAGUAUAAGGGACAGGAGAGAACACAGGAGAGGUGAGAACUGAUUACCUACCACCACUAGAACACCCUGCGUAUCGCUCUUUUUGAUAAAUAGGAGCCUUAUGUCAGAUUUCCACCACAUAGGUUUGGGGCCAAUUAUCAGGAACAAGCAUUACUGUAAACACUGGUUCCUAAUAAUAAGCCUGUGUACAUGUGCUCACCUGAUGAACGAGUAAGGCUACUUUCACACUAGCGUUCGGGUUUCCGUUCGUGAGCUCCGUUUGAAGGAGCUCACGAGCGGACCCGAACGCAGCCGUC